GGCCUAGAAACUUCCAUUGCAAUCGAGAACUUGAUCUCCAAGCUCCGUCUCCAUCCCCAAAUUUUAAAAGAGCGCUCAAACUUCUCUCUCAACGCAACAAAACCUUGUGUCAAACACAAGCACUAGCAAGAUCAUAGCAAUGGCGAAGCGCCUGAUCCCAACCUUCAACCGUGUCCUGAUCGAGAAGGUCGUCCCACCCGCCAAAACCAACGCCGGCAUCCUCCUACCUGAGAAGUCCUCCAAGUUGAACUCGGGCAAAGUGGUGGCUGUGGGUCCCGGAGGAAGGGACAGAGAAGGGAAACACAUUCCUCCUUCUGUUAAGGAAGGCGAUACUGUGCUCUUGCCUCAAUAUGGUGGCACUGAAGUGAAGCUUGGUGAAAAAGAGUACCUGUUGUUUAGGGACGAGGACAUCUUGGGCACUCUGCAUGAUUAAAUUGUUGAAUAAUUCAUUGAUUGGUAUGGUCCCCUGGGUUUUGUUUUGGAGGAUUAUGGCUGGGGUUUUAGGUUGGACUCAAAGGAUGAGGAUGUAGAUUUUUUAUUGCGGUAAUCCUUACUUUCAUCCGUAGUAUUAAUGAACUUGGUUGUCAUUUUUUGCUUAAUAAGAGUAUGGAAUUACUCAUACAGAAUUGAAAAUGUUGUAUUGAGUUGGAAUUUAUGAAUUGAAAAUGUUUUAUUGAGUUGGAAUUA